AUGAGACUAAUGUGGAUCACCCUCUUCGCCUCCGCGGCUACCGUAUUCGCAAGCAGGUCCCCAGAGGUGAAGCAGGACAUCGCCACCGAAAACAUCACCAUAAACGAGCUACAGAUUAAUGCGCUGCCCGUAAGCCUGCCUGACCUCCUGACUCUCGUCAAGGUCGAGUGUUCCAUGAUUGGUGAGUGGCCCCGAGGUCCGACCUGCGGAUUUCACACGGCAAGCAACACGUGCACUGAUGGCCAGAUCAUCACAGAUGCAAUCCUCACAAGAUACGAGGAAGCACAUGACAUAUCCCAGAAGAAGGCCGCAAGACAGGUGGGGCGAAGACUCAAGCGUAUGACCAAAUCGAUGGCCCGCGCCAAGCUGUUCCUGGAGAAGACGGGCCAGCACGCCUUCGAUGAGGCAGCGACCCUGAACGGCUGCGAUCACGCCUGCAUGACGCGGUAUACCAAGGCGAUCAUCAAGGAGCUCUCAGUGACGACGAGGGCCGCCAUCCUGAAGCUCGGCCUGCAGGCGCUCGGGAAGCGCAUCCAGCCAGUGUUUAUAGCCCUGAGCGGGCUUGUCAUCACAGUGAACGGCCUCGUGGGCGGUACGCUCGUCUUCAUCACCACCUUGGUCAACGCGCUGUUGCUCGCCAUAGCGGCCGGGAUUGCCUUUCUGGGCCAUCUCGUGUCUGAUACAGAGAGAGCCAAGGCUGGAGGCCCCGGUGGUCCCAAGACUGCGGAGAUCGCAAACCUUCUCGACGGACUGGGAUGGGUGGUUGAUCAAUAG